AACCUAUGGAAGAUAAAUCAGGAUUUGACUAUUUUCAGUAUUUUCAAAAUACUGAACCAUUUAAGUGGUCACUUAUUGGUUUUUUAGCAUGGAGAUCUGAAAUAUUGCAGUUUUUAGAUAGGUCAAAAGAGCAUAAAUCCUCAGAACAAAAUACAGACUUACAGAAAACAAAAAUCCCUGAAAUAGGCAUACAACCUUUGAUAGAAGAAUUAAGAAUAGAACCUUUAGUGGAAGAUACCGUUAAAGUUGUUAAUGUUGAUAAAAAUUCUACAGAUAGGCAAUCACUUGCAAUCGAAUUGUAA